UACAACCUAUUUCAAACAGUAGGUUGAUCUUCUCCGUGUGCAUAUUUAUUUCAACGAACUCCUAAUCAUCUAUUUAUUGGUAACAUUUUUAGACUGAAUAUUUUUGGUACGUUUUCAAAGAAACAGAGACGCGUGGCUAGUCCGUCAAAUUGUCGUUGUGCGCGUUCUUAGCCUGCUAUUGGUGCUUGUUUACCCGGCACCCACGGAAGAUUUUGAUUGGUCUUUUUUUCCACGUGACUGGACAACUUCGUACAUUUGACAGAGGGAGUAGGUGGGUUUUUGAAGAGAUCUGGAAAAAGACAGUGCGAUAAAAAUAGAAUUGUUGCACAUCACAAAUUAAUGACCAUGAGUUCAUACUUGAUCAAUUCGAAUUACAUCGAGCCAUCUUUCCCGCCCUGCGAAGAAUACGAAGACAACGGCUACAUCUCCGUCUCUUCAGACUACUACGAGCGACCGAAAGAAUCAGGCUUCUCCCAUCACGAAGGGGCAACAUACCCGCGAUCAAACUACCAAGACCCGAGCUAUGAUUACGGGAACACCUCAACCAACGUCCUCGCCGAUUUCAACGAUCGGCUUCACAUACAACCUCGGUCUGUUCCACAAAAUCAUGGGCCCCACCUGGGUACCGAGGGCUGCACAACGACCGCGAACAAGGAUUGUAGCCUCGUCACUGAAGCUCACUCUGACCCGCAGAAGGGAAAAGAGCCGGUAGUCUAUCCUUGGAUGAAAAAAGUCCACGUUAAUUCGUUGACCGCGAACUACUCUGGAGGAGUGCCUAAGAGGUCUCGCACCGCCUACACUCGCCAGCAAGCUCUUGAGCUUGAGAAGGAAUUUCACUUUAACAGGUACCUGACCCGCCGUCGUCGUGUGGAGAUAGCGCAUACCAUGUGUCUGUCAGAGCGACAGGUAAAAAUCUGGUUCCAGAACCGUCGCAUGAAGUGGAAGAAAGACCACAAACUACCCAAUACAAAGAUCCGUUCUAGCAGCUCUUCUUCAUCCAGCCACCAAGUGAAAGCGGACGCGGGCCAGCAGCAGCAGACGUUACUUCCCACUCCAUGUUCAUUAAGUCUAUAAUGGUGGAAGAACAUUAGAACUGAGCAAGACGAGAGAAUACAAAGCAGUAUUCGGACUAACUUCACAGUGUUAAUUUCUAUUUAACAUCGAAGGAGGGGGUGCUUCAGUCUGCCUCUCCCAUUCAAAUUAAUCUAUUUGUCACCUGUCUUUACUCAGACGUUUUGAACUGGAGAAUCCACCCAUCUAACGGGUAGAUCACUUUGCUUCU